AUAUCAAAAGGUCUAAGAAAUAAUAAAUUGAAGAAAUUUAUAAUGUUUUUAACGUUUAAAUCCUCUUGGGUCUUAAUUAAAAACUAUUAAUUAAAUUCUACUCCUCGAGGCUAUAUAUACACAAGGAUAAUAGUAACGGCAUCGAAGUUGAUAUUGCCACAAUUAAAUUAGAUUCCAGUCAUACGAGAAUGUAGAUUAUUACUAAGAUUAUAUACUCGAAAUUAUUAUGCUUAUUCUUUAUCGAAUGACAACGCGUACGUUCAUCAAUUUUCUAGAAUAUUCCCGAAAGACGUUUUAUCCGUUUAAUAAACUUGCGUAAGUUAUCCACAAAACACGACAGAAAAAAAACGGCGAAAAAGAAGAAAUUGUUAAAAGACCUACAUAACCUUUAUUUUUAUCAAGCAAGCAGUUCCAUUUUUUAAUAGGGGUAGUUGAGUGCGAUACUGCUUUUUGUAUUAGAAAUAAGUGAAUAUAUAAUUUAGUUAGGUAAUCAAUGGAAUUGACUCGAUUUAAUUGUUAUAUUGGUACUGCCAGAGGUUUUUUGCUAUCCACGACGGACAAACCUACGGGGAUACGGCAUGUGAAACCAGAUUUCAUCUCGGAAGUAACUGCUUUAACAUUUGAUACUGAACGAAAAAAAAUUUUUAUUGGUUAUAAGAAUGGAUGUGUACAUAUAUUUGAUUCUAUAGAGAAUACUUAUAUUCAAGAAGUUACUAGUUUGUUUGGCAAAGGUAGUACUGUUGGUCUAAGCUAUUUAAAAACCUCACUUAUUGUUGGAAAAUCUGAUGGGAUUAUAAAUAUUUGGAAUGGAAACAGUAACAACCAUUUUGGUUUAAAUUUAGGUGAAAAUGAAACACUUAACUCCAUUUCAUGUAAUGAUAAUAGGAAUUGUAUAGGAACAGGUGGUGAACAUAAUGAUUUCAAGAUAUGGGAUAUAGAAAUGCAGAAAUGCAUUUUUAAAGCCAAAUCAUUAGGUCAUGACUCCUUUAAUUUACCGAUUCCUACAUCAGUAAGAGGUAUUAUGUUUUCAUCUGAAGAUCCUCAUUUAAGUUAUUGCUGCACAAAAGAAGGACAUGUUUUAUUAUAUGAUGAUAGGGCACAAAGAAGACCUGUUGUAAAAUUUUUGGAGACCAAAGCAAGUUAUACAACAAUAGCUAGUACAUAUAGAGAAAGGCAAUGUUUGGUAGGGACGACUAGGGGAUAUAUGCAAUUAUUAGAUAUGAAGGUUGGCAAGUGUAUGAAAACAUUUACAACUUUUGCUGGAAGUGUAACAGAUAUUGUUUGUGAUCCAAUAGAACCUUAUGUUUUUUCUACUAGUUUAGAUAGACAUUUGAGGGUACACCACUUGGAAACAAAAGAAUUGUUGCAAAAGACUUAUAUGAAAGUCAAUUUGACGACUUUAUUGGUAACACCUGCGGUAAAAGAAGAAAAAAAAGAGCAAGAUGAGAAAGAUAACAGCAAUUCACUUAAUAUAGAAGAUGGUGUUGAUUUAGAUGAGGAAUAUGAAACCAUUUUUCAGAAUAUGGAAGUUGUUGGUGAGGAAAUGAAGAAGAAGAAAAAUAAAAGACAUAUUGAAGAAUGUAAUAAAAAGGCAGUGAAGAGACAUAAAGUGAAAAAUAAACAUUAAAUCAUACAAAAACAUUAUAUCUUAAAAAUAAAAGCUGAUUUGAAGGAACUCCCAUUUCUUUUAAUU